AUGUGUAAUGCACAAGAAUAUUAUUUUGCAAAAUCACAGAAAGGCGAAAAUUAUCGUCUACACGUUGCAAAAUCUAAACAUUUAGUUGGGUUGAGCACAACUCGUGGCAUUAGAGAGACCAAUGAGGAUCGUUGUCAAGUUAUGGUAUUAGAAUUAAAUGAAGAUAAAUUAAAACAAUUUGCUGAAAAUAUAGUUCAAGAUAAAGUUGAAUCUGAUAUAGAUAUAAUAAAUGCUGUACCUGUCUCAAGAAUUGAAGUGGAAGAAGAAAGUAAAGAAGGGCAGUUUUGUUAUUUUGCUAUCUUUGACGGUCUGAUUAGUCAUGGAGGUCCUGAAUGUGCAGAUUUUCUGACAACAAAUCUUCACAACCGAAUUGAAGAAGUUGCAGCUAAAGAUGCAGAUGAUGUAGUGGUUCAAUGGCAUGAAACAAAUAAAACCAAUUUACCGGAAUCAUCCUUAGAAUCAAAAAAGACUCUUACACUUGAACAACGCCUCACAUUGGCAUUUUUAAAAACAGAUUUGGAACUUUUAAAUGGGUCAGGAAAUACAAGUGGUUCUACAGCGUCAAUUGUUAUUGUUAAACCAUUAGAUCAUCAUCCGUUUUGGAAUAGUCAAAAACUUGAAAUAACUGUCGCACAUGUUGGCGACACUCGAAUACUAAUGUGUGAUGUACCUUCAGGGAAAGUAAUUCGUUUAACAGAUGACCAUCACCCGAGUGCCACAACUGAAAACAGCAGAUUACAAAGAUCUGGUGGAUACAUUAUAACAGAUUCGUUUGGUGCAGAAAUGUUUUUAGGAAAACUAGCAGUUUCUCGAUCUAUGGGUGAUUCAAAAAUGAAAAUUUAUGGUGUGUCUGCUGAACCAGACAUCAAAAUUAAUACAGUCAUUGGUAUGGAUACAGCAUUCUUGGUUUUAGUCUCUGAUGGAGUGACAUCUGUGAUGAGCGAUCAAGAAAUUGUUGAUUGUAUAAAAGGUUGUAAUGAUCCAACUGUAGGCGCAUCGAAACUAGUCAACUUUGCAGAAGAGCUCGGAUCAGAAGAUAAUAUUACAGCGAUGGUAAUAAGAUUUCCAGGAUGGGGAUCCGAAAUGCCAGAUCAUACAAAAGAUCUAAGAAAGUAUAGACUUGAAAAUGAAUCACGUGCCCAUAAUAGACGUACAUGA